AGGAUCACUGAGCUGCUGAGCGGAGAGGUUCCUAUAAGGUGUCAGGAUGUCGCUGUCUAUUUCUCCAUGGAGGAGUGGGAGUAUUUAGAAGAACACAAGGAUCUGUACAAGGACGUCAUGAUGGAGAAUCACCAGUCCCUCACAUCACCGGAUGGAUCCAGUCAGAGAAAUCCACCAGAGAGAUGUCCCAGUCCUCAGUAUUCCCAGGACUGUCCAGAGGAGAAACCAAAUAUCCCACUGGAUCAUCAGGAAAGUUCUGGUGAAACAACGAGUGGACUUGAAAAACCCAUCUCAGUGUCUUUGAAAGUCGAAGACGAGAUGAGCGACUCCUAUGGACAUCUCCAUUUAUCUUCCCAUCAUGAAGCAGAAGAUACCAAUACCACACAAGAUGAUUCAAUAACUCCUAAUGUACCCUCGGUCCUUCACAGCAGAGAUCUAUAUCCUUAUACCGCUGGUCACAAGAAUCCUUCAUCUAAGCAAUUACUGAUUGGUAAAAAAAGAACUAAACAGAAAUAUGGGAAAAAAAAUUCUAGUGAGAAACGUUUUAAAAAGAAAUCUAAUCUUUUUUUGCAUCAGAGCAAUUGCAGAGAUAACGGGUCAUUUUCAUGCUUCACAUGUGGAAAAUCUUUUAGCAUGAAAUCCAUUCUAGUUAGACAUCAGAGAACUCACACAGGGGAGAAUCCAUAUUCAUGUCCUGAAUGUGGGAAAGGCUUUAAUAAUCAAUCAAGUUUUAUUCUGCAUCAGAGAACUCACACAGGGGAGAAGCCAUAUUCAUGCCCAGAAUGUGUAAAGUGCUUUAGUCAGAAAUCACAUCUUGUUAGACAUCAGAGAACUCAUACAGGGGAGAAGUCAUUUUCAUGUCUGGACUGUGGAAAGUGCUUUAGUUGGAAAUCAAAUCUUGUUGCCCAUCAGAGAACUCACACAAGGGAGAAUCCAUAUUCAUGUCUUGAAUGUGGGAAAGGUUUUAUCAAUCAAUCAACUUUUAUUCGACAUCAGAGAACUCACACAGGGGAGAAGCCAUAUUCAUGCCCAGAAUGUGGGAAAUCUUUUAGUCUGAAAACGUGUCUUGUUAGACAUCAGAGAACUCAUACAGGGGUGAAGCCAUUUUCAUGUCUUGAAUGUGGAAAGUGCUUUAGUGUAAAAUCAACUCUUGUUGCCCAUCAGAGAACUCACACAGGAGAGAAGCUGUAUUCAUGUCCUGAAUGUGGGAAAGGCUUUAACAGGAAAUAUAAUUUUUCUAAGCAUCAGAGAUCUCAUACAGGAGAGAAGCCAUUUUCAUGUGUUGAAUGCGAAAAAUGCUUUAGUUCGAAAUCAACUCUUGUUGCCCAUCAGAGAACUCACACAGGAGCGAAGCUGUAUUCAUGUCCUGAAUGUGGGAAAGGCUUUAACAGUCAAUACAGUGUUUCUAAGCAUCAGAGAUCUCAUACAGGACAGAAGCCAUUUUCAUGUCUUGAAUGCGAAAAAUGCUUUAGUUCCAAAUCAAAUCUUGUUGCCCAUCAGAGAACUCACACAGUAGAUAAACUGUAUUCAUGUCCUGAAUGUGGGAAAGGCUUUAACAGGAAAUAUAAUUUUACUAACCAUCAAAGAACUCACACAGGAGAGAAGCAAUUUGUGUGUCCCGAAUGUGGGAAGUGUUUUCAUGAGAAGUCAUGGCUCAUACAACAUCAAAGAAUUCACACAGGGGAGAAGCCAUUUUCUUGUUCAGAAUGUGGGAAAUGUUUUGGUCAGAAAUCAAAUCUUGUUAGACAUCAGAGAACUCACAAAGGGGUGAAAUCAUUUUCAUGUUCAGAAUUUGAGAAGCCCUUUAGCCAAAAAUCACAUGUUGUGAAACAUGAAAGACUCCACUUAGAGGAGAAGUUAUUUUCAUGUUCAGAAUGUGGAAAAUGUUUUAGUCAGAAAUCACAUCUUGUUCGACAUCAGAGAACUCACACAGGGGAGAAGCCAUUUAUGUGUUCUGAAUGUGGUAAGUAUUUUGGUGUGAAAUCAAUGCUUAUAAAACAUGUAAUAAGUCACACAGGAGAGAAGCCAUGUUCAUCUUUAGAAUGUGUGAAACCUUUGAGCCAGAAAUCACAUGUUGAGGGACAUGAAAGACUUUACUUAGAGGAGAAGCCAUUUUAAUGCUCAGAAUGUGGGAAACGUUUUAGCCAGAAAUCAAAUCUUGUAAAACAUUUAAAAACCCACUUAGGAGAGAAGCCAUUUUCAUGUCUUGAAUGCGGUAAAUCUUUUGGUAUAAAGCAAAUCUUGUUAGACAUCAGAGAAUUCACACAAGGGAGAAGCUAUUUUCAUGUUCAUAAUGUGGGAAAUGUUUCACCUGUCAAGCAAGUGUUGUUCGACAUCACAUAACUCACAACACAUAUGAGAAGCCAUAUUUAUGUGGAAAAUGUGGGACGUCUUUUAUUCAGAAAUCAAGUCUUGCUAAACAUGAGAGAAUUCACUUAGAAGAGAAGCCAUUGUAAUGUUCAGAAUGUAAGACAUGUGAGAGAUGUGGAGCUUCAUUGUGAGACCUGCUGCCUAAUCAUGUCUUCUGUAUAACUUAAAACGGUUGUCCAGUUUCCCUUAUUAAUGACCUAUCCUCAGGAAAGUGAGUCGACCAGUAUGCACCGACAUUGAGUACGUGUAGAAGAGAUCUGGGAACAGAUUUCAGUCGAGACAUGCUUGAAUUUGAUCGAUAGCGUGCCCAGUACUGACAGACUGCAGAAGGAGAGACAUUGCUACUCUCUCCCUGUUAACUGUACAUGGCUCCAGAGGGAGGGUAUUAUGGACAUCUUUGCAUGUGAUCAAACACCCUUUCACCAUCAAUCAGACAGCAUACUUGCAAAACGGUUUAAAGGAACUCUAUGGGCAAUAUUGAACCUAUGAGCCAGUGGGGAUGCUGUAUGUGGUCCUGAAGAGAACUGAGCCAGGCUCAGACUGGCCCACAAGGGUACAGGUGAAUCCACCGGUGGGCCCCUAGACUCCCACCCCUUGCACAAGUGGCACAUAACACAGUAGACUUGCUGCACUACAUACAUAUAUUUAAUGGGGUUGUACUGGAUUGGGGAUAUUGGUGUAAUAGUACUAGAGUGACAUGCAUAUUACACACAUGCAUGUCCUACCAUUGCCACAUAUUUCUAAAUCCUCGUUUUGAUAUAGGAAAUUCUUAGCCGGAAGUGACCGUUUUCUUAUACUCAGUGACGUACCAGGUCCCUUGCAGGCAAGCGAAGCCUCUGCUUCAGCUUCGCAGGGAGCCCGGUAAUUAUGCAGAUUUUACCGAAGGGCGGUAACUAGGCUGUCUGACAUCGCGCUAAGCCACACCCCUCCGGUCCGGUGAUGUCACCGGGCAUGGAGCUUUCUAAUGAAUGGGGGCAGAUCACUAUGCUAUGCGGCUGGAAGCGGGAAAUGUAUGAGGGGGGUAGAUAGAUGGAGGAAUGGACGAUGUGCGGCAGGAGGCUGAAUAUGUAUGAGGGGGGCGGGUGCAGGGACGAGAUGAUAAACAGUAGAGAUCAGGAGAUGCUGCGCUGCGCUGGGACCCACAGUGCAGUGCAGCACGAAGUCAUCACACAGGUAAACAUCGAUGUCAAAAAUCUGUUAGGGACCGUAGGAGCCAUGCAGCAGUGUAAAAACUACCUAAAAACAUCAGGGGAACCUUGACUCUGCUAGUAAUAGUGAGUAAACUAUUU